CGCUCCAUCGCUCGCCUCAUCAGCUGUUGAGCUAGCAAGCAGUGCAGCGGCAUCCUGCAGCUCGAAAGAUGUGGUUUUUAUUAUUCAUCGCCGUCGUCGGCUUGGCGACGCUACUGGUGGUUUUAUUUGCGCCUCACAUACGAAGAUAUGCAGCAGGAGGAACGUGUAAGUCCAUGGCUCGUCUGGACGGGAAGACGGUCCUCAUCACUGGGGCCAACACCGGGAUCGGCAAGGAGACCGCUCUGGACCUGGCAACCCGAGGAGCGCAGGUGAUCAUGGCGUGUCGGGACGUGGACAAAGGCGAGGAGGCGGCCGCCAGCAUCAGGUUCUCGUAUCCCAAAGCACGCGUGGAGGUGCGGGGGCUGGACCUGGCUGACACGUGCUCCAUACGAUCAUUUGCGCAGCAAUUCCUGACAGACUUCACGCAGCUUCACGUCCUGGUCAACAAUGCAGGAGUCAUGAUGUGUCCCUACACCAAAACCAACGACGGCUUCGAGAUGCACAUUGGCGUCAACCACUUGGGUCACUUCCUGUUGACCUCCCUCCUCAUUGGCCUGUUAAAGCGCAGCGCUCCGUCCAGGAUCGUGGUGGUGUCGUCGCUGGCGCACAACUUUGGCUGGAUCCGCCUCCACGACCUGCACAGCCAGGGCAGCUACAACAGCGGACUGGCGUACUGCCAGAGCAAGCUCGCCAACGUGCUGUUUGCCCGGGAGCUGGCUCGCCGCCUUAAAGGGUGCAACGUGACCGUCAACUCGGUCCACCCCGGCACGGUGAACUCUGACCUGACCAGGCACUCCACCCUGAUGAUGAUCCUCUUCGGCUUCUUCUCCAUCUUUCUGAAGACGCCUCGCGAGGGCGCCCAGACCAGCGUCUACUGCGCUGUGGCCGAGGAGCUGCAGUCCAUCUCUGGAAAACACUUCAGCGACUGCACCCCGGCCUUCGUGGCCCCCCAGGGGCGAAGCGAGGAGACCGCCAGGAGACUGUGGGACGCCAGCUGCGAGCUCCUCGGCAUCCAGUGGGACUGAUGUGACGCGACGGCGGGACUAAGCUCCGCCCACCAUCGUUCUCUGACGGUUUAACCGCGCUUUCGUUGCUCGUGUUCACAGUAUCAUCUCCUCUGACCUCUGAUCAGCAGAAGAAAAGAAAAAAAAUUACACAGUCAGCAUAAAAAUCCAACUCUCUUGUCCCGGGGGAGCCAGAACCAGCAGCGUCGCUCUCACACAAUGUGAAUUUACUGACAGUAUUUUGGUGCCAAGCAGAAGCAAAAAAAUAAUAAAAAAUGAACAUGUGAUAUAUUUUAGUGAGAUAAGGAGGUUGGAGGAUUGUUGACAUGCAGCGGUCCAAACAGGGUAAACAAGAAUCGUGUUCAUCAUCUUUGCAUCCAAAACUGCUUCACGUUUGUGCCAUGAUGCUUACAUCUCGCAGGGCUUUUCUUACAGGUUUUCAAAACGAGAGCCAGCUAAGCUGCUAAAAGUUGAUACAUGUUAUUUUGUAAUGAAAAGCAAAGCAAUAUAUAUAUAUAUAUAUAUAUACAUACAUACAUAUAUAUAUAUAUAUAUACAUACAUAUAUAUAUAUAUAUAUAGAACGAUGAUUUUUCUAUAUCGCAACUUUAGAGCAAUGUUUCCUGGUCAGCGUUCGUGCAACACAUGCCAAGAGUUCACAUUUGCUUUUGUACAAGUGGGACUUGCCUUUUUACAAACACGUGAUGUUAAAGUGCAGAGUUGAAUGUUUACAUUUCAUGGAAAUAAACAAAUAAUCUACCUCUUGUCGAUGCUUCAAAAAGGAAACAAGCAAGUAUUUAAGAGUC